AUGGGACAACAGAUUUCGGAUCAGACACAGUUGGUUCUUAACAAGUUACCAGAAAAAGUAGCAAAACAUGUCACAUUGGUUCGAGAAAGUGGCUCCUUAACUUACGAAGAAUUUCUUGGGAGAGUAGCUGAACUUAAUGAUGUAACCGCUAAAGUGGCUUCUGGCCAGGAUAAACAUCUUCUCUUUGAGGUACAACCAGGGUCUGAUGCCUCUGCCUUUUGGAAAGUGGUUGUACGGGUGGUAUGUACCAAGAUUAACAAAAGCCGAGGCAUUGUAGAAGCAUCACGGAUCAUGAAUUUGUACCAGUUUAUUCAGCUUUAUAAAGAUAUCACAAGUCAAGCAGCAGAAGUGUUGGCACAGAGCUCCACCUCUGAAGACCCUGAUGAAAAUUCGUCAUCUGUAACAUCUUGUCAGGCUAGUCUUUGGAUGGGAAGGGUGAAGCAGCUGACUGAUGAGGAAGAGUGUUGUAUCUGCAUGGAUGGUCGAGCUGACCUCAUCCUGCCUUGUGCUCACAACUUUUGUCAGAAGUGCAUUGAUAAAUGGAGUGAUCGACACAGGAAUUGCCCUAUUUGUCGCCUGCAGAUGACUGGAGCAAAUGAAUCUUGGGUGGUGUCAGAUGCGCCCACUGAAGAUGAUAUGGCUAACUAUAUUCUUAACAUGGCUGAUGAGGCAGGCCAGCCGCACAGACCAUGA